AUAAACACAAAACAUACGUAAAUUGAGGUUAUAACAAAUAAUUGAAAGUGUUUAGUAAAUAGAACAACAUUCCUUUAAAGCACGAGUUAUUCAAGACGAUGACUGAAGAAGGCGUAAAAAGGUCUGAAGAAAUCCUGAAAGGUUUCCAAAUAAACUGGACUUGUCUGAAAGACUUGGAUGGUGGUAAAAUAUUUUGGCAGGAAACAAAGGAUAUUAGUUUACCCGAUAUUGAACAUGAAGCAAAGGUUCCAAAGAACAUCCUGAAAUGCAGGGCACUUUCGAGGGAGUUUAGCUUUAGCUCGAAGGAAGCAAUAGAGAAAUUUAGAUUAGAACAGAAAGUAACAUUUAAAGGUAGAUGUCUAGAGGAAUGGUACUUCGAUUUUGGGUACGUUAUGCCAGAAUCCAAUAACACUUGGCAAUCCGUGAUGCAAGCAGCUCCAGAAUCCGAAAUGAUGCCAGCAUCCAUACUAAACGGCAACAUAGUCAUCGAAACCAAAUUCUUCGACGACGAUCACCUCAUAACCACCUCCAAAGUCCGACUAUUCUACGUGUAACAUUCACGCAGCAAUCAUUAAUGGGACCAUAAACUUUUGUUUUGUAAAUAUUUAUUUAACUAAUUUUAACAAUAAAAACAAUUAUCAUUAA